CAUAGUUACGGCGCCCUGGAGGCGGCGGCCAUCUUGGCGGCGGAGCGAUGAGCGGCUCGAACCCGAAGGCGGCGGGCGCGGGGUCGACGGCUGGGGCCCGGGGGCUGGUGGCUAACAAGGACGAGAAGAAGAAGGCAGGCGGCGGCGUCCUGAACCGGCUCAAGGCGCGGCGGCAGGCGCCCCACCACGCAGCCGACGACGGCCUCGGGGCAGCGGUCACGGAGCAGGAGCUGCUGGCCCUGGACGCCAUCCGGCCCGAGCACGUCCUGCGCCUCAGCCGGGUCACCGAGAAUUAUUUGUGUAAACCGGAAGACAACAUCUACAGUAUUGAUUUCACCCGCUUCAAAAUUCGAGACCUGGAGACAGGGACCGUGCUUUUUGAGAUCGCCAAACCUUGUGUUUCAGACCACGAGGACGACGACGAGGAGGAAGGGGGAGAUGUGGAUAUCAGCGCAGGGCGUUUCGUCCGGUACCAGUUCACACCAGCGUUUCUCCGGCUGCGGACGGUCGGGGCUACGGUGGAGUUCACUGUGGGAGACAAACCUGUGUCGAACUUCCGGAUGAUCGAACGGCACUAUUUCCGGGAGCGCUUGCUGAAAAACUUUGACUUUGAUUUCGGCUUCUGCAUCCCCAGCAGCAGGAACACGUGUGAACAUAUCUAUGAGUUCCCCCAGCUUUCUGAGGAUGUCAUUCGUCUGAUGAUUGAAAACCCCUACGAGACCCGUUCUGACAGCUUCUACUUUGUUGACAACAAGCUGAUAAUGCACAACAAGGCGGAUUAUGCCUAUAACGGAGGCCAGUAGCGGCUGCGGGCCCAGACUGGGGGGCGCUGUGCUGCGGCGCGUGGUCCCGGCACACGGAAGUGGCUAAAGCUGCUGUGUGGCAGCGCACGCCUGGAACCUGGCCCCGGGAAGCCGAGGCUGGGGCGGCAGCUGCCUGUGCUCCAAGAGAGGUGCCAAGCAGCACUGUGUUUCCUUCCCCAGUGUUUUUUUCCUCCCUUUUUGCCCUGCCCCUUAGGUCGCAGAGGUACUGUAUAGUAAAGUAAAAGGUUAGGUUAAGGUUUCUGGAACCCAGAUAAAAAAGAAAGUUUAUUUUCACAUAGUCAUAGCUGCCAACUGGCUGUCCUGACCGGCCUGGGUCUCUGGGGCUGUCCAGCCGGCCCGCCAGCUGGUGAGUGGCUCUUCUGUAGGUUCCCAGCACUGUGGGAGGCCGCAGGGUCGGCCUCUUGCAGGCACCUCCUCUUAUUUCCUGUGUUGCCAUCAGCACAAUCUGACCUCAGCCUGUGCAUAGUUGUAAACCCGUUGGAAAGAAACUUGAAAGGGCGUGGGGGGAGGGAGUGGUGCGAAGAGGUGAGGCGGUCGGGCUGGGUACGGCUGCCCGCACCGAAAGGUCCAUUCUCUGGGGAGGUGUGCUCUCACCUGUCUAGCUUCCAGGAGCCUCAGCCGGCCCCUGGGGCUCCGGCGAGGUGGCGGCCUGGCAGUGCCUUCCUGCGCUUGUUCGGGGGAAGAGAUGAGCUCGCGCUGCUUCUCCGGGCUCCUGACGUUCGAGCACCUUCGGAAAUAGAGUGUCGGUUUGGCUCUUGGAACAGUGGUAUCUCUCAAGGCCCGAGCAGGCGUUGUUGUACUUUUUUUUUUUGUUCCAUUUCCAGGCUCCCUUAUGGGAGGUUUUAUAAAGUGUCAGUGGUGGUCCCAGCAUGUGUGAUGUACAGUUAAGACUUGUGACAGUGUGCAGUUCAGGCGCUCAGGGUGAACCUGGCUCGUGUCUGGGCUGGUGUAGUUACGAACCGGCAGCUGUGUGAAGGAGGCUUUUGGUUUUCUCUGUGCAGCACAGCCUGGAGGAGUGGCUUCUGGUGGGGCUUUGCCUCUAAAACUUUGUAGAUUUCCUAUCUGCCUUUCUACUGACGUAGUUUAUAGCACCAUCCUGCCGGGUUGAUCUAAAUAAUGCCUAUUUGAUCCUCCAGCCUUUUGGGGUCUGAGGCCCUCAGCCUGUUUCAGCUGGGUGAGUCCGAGAGGUGUGUUCCCAGAAGAGCCUCCUUGCACAGCCCAGCACCUGCACCCUCAGGCCCUUGCGGGGCACGCUCAUCUCCUCCUCUCCCUGCGCCUGUCUGACUGCGGGAGCUGUGGGUGGUCCGCCCAGGCUCCCUGCAGGUUGUUGCUGUGGCCACGAUUUAGCAUUCGUAGGAAAGUAUCAAUAACUGUAGGAAGGUCCCAGUUAUGUAGUAAUAGUCACUGUUGCUGUCACAGUGACGGUGACAGGAAAGCUGUUGCCCAAAGUGCUUGGGAGGAAGGCCGUGCGGGGCCAGCACUCGGCCACAGAGCCCCCGUAUUCACUGACCAGUGUUGCUCCUGGUUUGGAUUCUAGAGUGUGGGUGGCCUUGAACCUCGGUCCAGUGCUUUGUGCCAGGCCGGAGUCUAGGCUGUGCCAGGUGCUGAUGGCGUUCUCUCCGAGAAAGCUCUGGAUUAGCCCUGUGUGCCAACACUGGAUCCAGCCACACCGGGCACCCUGCAGACCGGGGCAUCUCAGAACUGGAGCCGACUGCAAACCCAGGUGCCUUACUCGGGGCUCUGUCCCAUCUGCUGCUGGGGAAGGUUGCUUCGCCCCGGUCCCUCCCUGCUGGCGGCGGACAUCAGCACUGCUCCCGUGCUGUUUUUCAUUGUGGCUCCUCUAGCACAUGGUUCUGUCGCACUUCAGAAUAACCCCUCUGUACAGAAGCCCAGUCGGGAGAGCGUCUACUAUUUGAUCCUUAAUAAGCACCUAGGAUGUGGUGUCUGGAGCUGCCCAGAGCUCUGCUCAGUAGUGUGUCUUGAAACUGCCCCAGGGCAGACUGCGCCCUGUGUACCACGGCUCUCGCUGGCAGUGUUAGCCUCUGUGCGGAGGAGGGCCGGCAGGGCAGAGCGGCAGGCUUGAGUAGUGCCGCGUCCUCUUCCCCUGUGGCCUUGGUCUCACUGGAGACCUUCUUGAGGCCAAGUGCUCAGACUGCCCCGCACCACAGGGUUUUGCCAUCUUCUGCACCUGAAGGUCUGGUGGUCUCUACUUGAGACUCUGGAUCCUUGUGUCCAGCUACUCAGGAAAUCUCGAGAAGCAUUACCACUCUGGGGUGUUAACCAGGGUGAGUUUGAAAUUUUGUACCUGAACUGGGGGGAGAAUUGGAAGUCAUGCUUUCUCUGAAAGCAUCUAAACCAAUCAAAAGUGGAGUCAGAACAGGAAGCCAUGCUAGUGAGGAAUUGGACUGUUGGUAGCCAUUAUUUUGUGGGUGAUACGAUGGGAAGACAAAGCUUCCCCGCUCGGGAGCCUGCGCCCCCUUUUCAGAGCUGCCUGGCAUCCGAGAGGCCGCUCCCAGAGGGAGCACAUUCCAGCAGACGGUGUGCCUCCUGGUCCCACGGGCCCGCUGCCUGCACCCCUUCCUCGCCUGUUAUGCUCUUGGCCCUCUGCCUUGGAACCUCCUGGGAGGGAGCCUCUCUUUUCCUGUGAAGCCUUUGGCCCCAGACGUCCCAGCUGCUCCAGAGAUGGUCCCGGUUUGUUUUGUUCUGUGUUCUCAAGGGUAAAGAGGAACUAACGACACGCGUCAGCUCGACGUUGCCUUGCAGAGAAGGUGGUGCAGCCUGAAGACACCCACCGUCUUGGGCCUCGGAUCCCCAGAUAAGGGCAGUGCUUUGGGAAUGUCGGGUCCGAUCGUAGUCACGCUCAAAACGGCAGUGACUGGGGAAUCUGCCACUUCUUCCAGUUGAAGCGGAGCUCACCGUGGAGUGGGUUUAACAGGCUGUGCCUAAAGGGCGGGUGGGCAAGUCUUAACGUAGGUUGUUCUGCUGCCCUGGUAGGCUCCCAGGGUGCUCUCUUUUUCCUCUGUAAAAUCACUUUUUUCUGGGGGUCAUUGUCACCAGAAGGUCUGGGGAAUGGGGACCGGCUGUCUUAAAAAUCAGCACAGACUCCCUGCCGGUGCACGAGAGUUCCUGACAGGGCGCCGCUGGCCUGGUGCAGGAGCCCGGCUGCUGAACCGUCACGUUGCCCUCCGUGUCACAGAACAUCUGAGCCACGGGGCGGAUUUCCCUUGCUUUACAGAAGAUCAUGCGGGGGCACCGAAGUUGUGAACGUAUGUUUUUCCUGUGACUCUGUUUUCACAGACUGUGAGAAACACCAGUGACCUGGUCUGUCCUCCCUCCUCUUUCCCCUUCACCUAAGGACCUCAUUCGUUUUUGUUUUUUCUGUUUUGCUAACUGUGUUAUAACCAACAGAUGAGUACAGGGAAUGCCCUGUACAAACACAAUAAAGGUUCAAGAUCAAGGUGUUCCUUUAGGCAAGGCUGAAAGUUUCAGUCUCUGGUAUUUGGAAUUUAGGCUGCAAUCCUCGUUUUGGGAUGGACCACUGGGGGUGUGGUGCAGUUCACUUUAACCAGAUUUGAACAGAAGAAUGGCCACUUGGCCCAGGCAGGAGUGGACAAAGUGUUUGGUUUCAUGUGUCACGUAACUACCGAAGUUCCUCCCCAUGAUGCAGUGCCUGGUGGGGUUGUACUUGUCAAACUCCUCCCCCCUUUUUUCCAAAUUCCAACAGCAGGUUUAUUUAGUGUUACAGAGGUGGUGGGAGCGAGCCAGCCAGCCUGUGUAGGCUCGGGAAACAUUCCAGAGGCCGGAGCAGGGCCUCGGGAGAGAGAAAGGUGUCUGGGGGCAGAAGACAGGACGGGGUGUGCAGGUGCUGCGUUGUGGGAUUGUGCGCCUGAAACUUACGUACUUGGUUACCCAGUGCCACCCAGUGAGGGCAACAAACCGGAGAGAGACAACAUUAGAAGAGGGAAGGGAAGGGUUUGGUGCCCUCCCGCUCCCGAGAGGGAGCGUGCUUCUCACACCGCUUAGUGUGGGCCACAGCACCCGUCUCUCCCACGCCCCAGUAGCACAUUCCACGGAGUCCUGCUGCCUCUCCUCCAACACUGACAUUUUCGGUCUCCGCCUUUCGGUCGCACGUGGGAACAGUGGAGCAGGGCUGGCUGGCUGGCUGACCGGCCUCGAAGGUCUGCUGGGGAGGGGCUGGCAAGGCUCAGCCCCAGCCGCUGUGGCACAGCCUUCUCCCUCAUUCCAGUUUUCACUGUCUUUGUGCCCAAAGUAAACUAAAUGACUUAUUUGUAUAAAACAUUAUUUUGCCACAAGAGACAGAAAUAAAAGAAAGAUUUUCUCAGUA